AUGAUAGACGGACAAGCAAAUGUUACUGUUGAAGUAUUGGAUAAAAAUGGAGAGCCGGUGACUGUUCUUUAUCCCGAUCAUGUUUUCCGUCUGAGAAUUACUUUCCCAACCCUCUUAGCCACGUUGUUUGUAUUUUUAGCUUCAUCUUUCAAUUCACCCAUAGUAAAAGAAUGUAUGUUUAGUAGUUCAUCUGAGGAAAACCUAGCGUACCUCAUUAAUAAUGGGUGUGGAAAUAUUCGAUUUACAAAUGUUUUCAACCCAGUAGAAAUUAACGAGGUCGAAUCCGGGAGAUUUUUGGCAGAAACUGCCGAAUUCAAAAUCCCGAAAAUAUGGUUACUGCAACAUGAUAGUGUAUCUAUAUUUUGUAAAGUUAUCAUAUGUAAAAAGUCAUUACAAUAUUCACAAUUAUGCCCAUUACCCAUUGACAUAAAAGCAGCAAAGAAAGGCGAUAUAUUGAAGAUAGAUGGAAGGACACCAAACUUGACAUUAAAGAGAAUUUGGCUCCCUCCUAUACUACCAGUGGUUGCCAAUAUGGAAAAACAAACCGGAACCACUGAGGAAAAAUCCUGGAGUUAUCUUCCAUAUCUGAUAAUUGCCAUCGUUUUGUUUGUUCUUUUGAUUGUCUUUACUGCCAUCCUCUUUUGUGUCAUUCGAGAACAGAUCAAGGCAAACAAAUCGAAAGAACCCGACACCAUAAAGCGACUAGCUGCAGUAGAUCCUACCCGUCCAAUACUAUGGCCAGUAGUUAAAAGUAAUAACAAGAAUUAUCCCAUUAUCUCCAAAGUGGGUAAAUCCUGGUUUAAGCGGCUCCAAUCGCAACAAAUUGCUGGAGUAGGAUAUCCUUGUCUGCCACCUACAAAUUACCUUAUACAGACUAAUAACUCAAACCAAGCGUAUCAACUCGUUAGUCAACCACUUCAAUUUGUCAACCAAGAUCCUAACCUUAACCCUCCUGUCCAAACCCAACAUUAUUUUGUAAAUCAACCUGCACAGAACAGUAAUUUUGGAAGUCAGCCUAUUGUUGUAAAUCAACCUACUAAUCAACCCAUCCAAAGGUCUAAUUCAAUUCAAAGUAAUAUAGGAAUUCAGCCUUACCUAAGUAAUACUAGUAUAUAUCCACAACAAAAUCCUCUCAGUAGCCAAACCGGUCAAUUUAGUGUUGGAAACAUGAUAUUCCAUGCUGAUGCCAGGGCUCAGCCUUUACAAACCAAUGAUGGUACUCUGCCUCCAAACGUCAAUAAGCCUAUCCAAGUUUCAAGACACAGCCCAGUCACACAACCUGUACAAUUUGUCAACACUGGUUUUCCGCAACUAGCAUCGGUAUCUUCACCAGCUGGUGUUCAACGAAGAGUAAUGCCGCAGCCGGUAAUAAUGAAUCCACCACAGCCCGUGAACCCUAUGCAUGUAAACCGCCCGGUUCCCACUUAUAACAUCAGCCCACUACCAAGAGCUCAAAGUUACCCAACUCUUUCAAACGGAUAUGGAAACAAUGUUAUUUAUGAAAUAUGGCCUCCCGAUAUGCCGAGACCGGUUCCUCUCGGAUUUAGUGAUUGGGUUGACGAUAGGCAUUAUUAUCCACCGCCUUGGUGGCCAUCAUACGACGAUUAUCCGGUGGAUGAUCCAAGAUAUUAUGAUCCAAAUCCAAGAUAUUAUGAUCCAUACCUAUAUCGAGAUGUGUAUGAUGAUCGAUAUAGAAGGCGGGGAGAUUAUCCAAAUUGCUACAAUAGACCAUUAGCAAGAACCACGAGUUUGAUAGAUGUUAUGGAUUCAGUCCUCAACAAUGAUCGAAGAAGGAGACCCCGAAGAAGGUAUUACUCUGAUUUCGAAUUGAAUGUUCAACGUCCUCGAGAGAGACGCUAUGAAUAUUACGAACCAGACAGACCCCGCUACCGAUUGUCACGAAGUUAA